AUUUCCUUCAUGCUAUAAACCAUCGUCUUCCCAUUCCUUCCCAGUUCUUUCGCUAUCGAAUCCAUUCCUCUCGCGGGCAAACAAGAGCUACCUGGUCUCCUUCUUACAGGCGAAAACAUGGCCACCGUUAUGCAGAAGAUUAAAGAUAUCGAAGAUGAGAUGGCCAGGACGCAGAAAAACAAAGCUACUGCUCAUCACCUCGGUCUUCUUAAGGCUAAACUUGCAAAGUUACGCCGUGAGCUCUUAGCACCUUCAUCGAAAGGUGGUGGUGGAGUUGGUGAAGGCUUUGAUGUUACUAAAAGUGGGGAUGCACGUGUUGGUCUGGUUGGGUUUCCAUCUGUUGGAAAAUCAACACUCUUAAACAAGUUAACUGGCACCUUUUCCGAGGUUGCCUCAUAUGAGUUUACUACUUUAACAUGCAUUCCUGGUGUGAUUAUGUACAGAGGUGCAAAAAUUCAGUUGUUGGAUCUUCCGGGGAUCAUUGAGGGCGCAAAGGAUGGAAAGGGCAGAGGAAGGCAGGUAAUCAGCACUGCCAGAACAUGCAAUUGCAUUUUAAUUGUUCUGGAUGCUAUAAAACCAAUAACACACAAACGUAUUAUUGAAAAAGAGCUUGAAGGGUUUGGCAUAAGGUUGAAUAAAGAACCACCGAAUUUGACUUUUAGAAGAAAGGAUAAGGGUGGCAUCAAUCUUACAUCAACGAUCGCAAACACACAUUUAGACCUUGAAACUGUGAAAGCAAUCUGUGGUGAAUAUAGGAUUCAUAACGCCGACGUCACCCUCCGAUAUGACGCCACUGCAGAUGAUCUCAUCGACGUUAUUGAAGGAAGCCGAAUCUACACUCCUUGUAUCUAUGUAGUGAACAAGAUUGACCAAAUAACGCUUGAAGAGCUGGAGAUUUUAGACAAGCUUCCUCACUAUUGUCCAAUCAGCGCUCAUCUGGAAUGGAAUCUGGAUGGCUUGUUGGAGAAGAUCUGGGAGUAUCUUAAUCUAACUCGCAUAUACACCAAACCAAAAGGAAUGAAUCCAGAUUAUGAGGAUCCUGUUAUCUUGUCCUCAAAGAAACGAACUGUUGAAGAUUUCUGCAAUAAGAUUCACAAAGACAUGCUCAAGCAGUUUAAAUAUGCUCUGGUAUGGGGGUCGAGUGCAAAGCAUAAACCUCAGCGGGUUGGGAAGGAACAUGAGUUGGAGGAUGAAGAUGUUGUUCAAAUUAUAAAGAAGAUAUAAAGAACAUGCAGAUUUUCAUUUGGGUUAGACAGGCUUACAUUGACCUGAGUAAGGAGGUUACUUGAGUUAUACGUUUGAUCUUUCUUCUACCAGAGAGGAUUCCCAGGUUCCUGAUCAUUUGUGUCAUGUUGAUAUAUGGAACGAUUGAACUCUCUAGGUACUUCAACAUGUGUAAGUUCUUUUCUUUUAGUUCGUCUUACUUGUUGGCUUUCACUUAUUUAUGUUUUGGCGUAAGUAUUCCAUUUAAUUUGGCAAGAUUCAUCAUUGGAAGUUGUUACUACCUCAUGUCAUUGAGAGUUAAGGUGGUGUGAGGCGGAGCUUUGGAGGUGAAAGAGAAAUGCUUUCUCUC